CAGACUUUGUAAAGUGUAAAUCUAGCCACUUGCUAGUAUUAGUGACAUAUGAAAAUGGCUUCUCAUCUUCUGAUUGCUUCAAUCCUCGUGCUAGUUCUUCUAGAUAUCUGUCACGCCGGUGGUGGUGGUGGAGGAGGACACAAGAAAGUGAUCAUCCACGUCCCGUUCAAAGUGAAACACAUCCACCACACCCACACAGUUGUCAAACAUGUUGGACAUGAAGGAGGAGGUGGAGAUGAAGGCUACAAAGUCAUUGGAUACUCAGGAGGCAUUGACGAUGGUGAAGUAGUUGCACAUGAUAGUGGUCAUGGAGGUUAUGGAGGACACGGAGGAUGGGAAGGUGGCACUAUUGGAGGUGGUCAUGGAUAUGGAAUUGGACACUCAGUUUCAGAAGGUCAUGAAGGCGGAAUCGGAGGAGGCCAUGGUUAUGCUUUAGAAUCGCACGGUGGAUCUUUUGGUGGUCACGGAGAAAGUUUACAUGAAGGCGGAGGUGCUGAUUAUGGUUCAUUGAGCCAAGGUCUAGGUGCUUACGGUGAUCACAAUUCUAUUUCCAGCGGACAUGAUUUCGGCGGAAGUUUAGGCGGCAGUGGCGGUGGAUAUGAGAGCAUAGGCAAUGAGGAAGGCCACCAUGGCUAUGAAUAAAUAUUAUACUUUUUUGUUCGUUCAUUUAAUUUUUUGUAAAAUGCCAGGACUAGUCGCAAUUUAUAUGCAUUUUGUAAGCUAUAUAAAUUAUUGAGAAUAUUUAUUACUUGAAAUUCAAGUAGGUAAUUGAUAUUUUCAAAAUAUAUACAGCAUCACUGUUGUUGUAACAUAUUGUUAUUUAAUGUUUAGUUGUUAUUUUCGUACUUUUAAAUUAUUGUUCACAAUAAAAAAUCAAAAAUAAA